AUGAUGAAAGCAAUCAAAGUCACGGCCGGGAGGACUGCCGCGGUGCAGCCAGUUCCGAUUCCGAAGCUGAGAGAUGGAUACUUGCUUUGCAGAGUGCGCUGUGUGGCACUGAAUCCCGCGGAUUGGUAUGUUGAGGAGAUUUGUCGAGAAGAGGGGCUCGGAUGAAUAAUGUGACGGUGCUAAGUGGACCAGGAAAUACUUGGACUUCAUCGGCGUGCCAGGGGUGACCUUGGGAGCAGACUGUAGUGAGCAAGUUCCCCGCUGGUGGACGAUAUCAGCUAGGCGACGGAUUGAACGGUGCUGACAGUCACAAGGCGGAGUUGUUGAAGAGACCGGUCCCGGUUGUGGCGAUCACUGGAAAAAGGGAGAUCGGAUCGCGGCCUUCGUACACGGCGGCAACGUAACACAGCCGGACGAUGGUGUGACGACCUCAGAGACAUGACGAGGGCUGACAUGGGACUGAUCAACCAUCUAGGGGCGUUCGCGGAAUACUGUCUCGUAAAAGCCGACGUGGCGCUCAAGGUGAGGACGCCUGUUUCCUUCCAGCCAAGAUGGCUGCUAACGAAUGAGUAUCCGCAGGUUCCGGAUGCCAUGAGCGAUGAGGAUGCCGCAACUCUGGGCGUUGCGGUCGCCACGUGUGGCCAGGCUUUGUACCAAGCCCUCGAGCUACCUUUGCCUGGCGGCGAGCCGUAUGAUGGGUUCUUACUCGUGUACGGUGGCAGCACUGCCAGUGGAACUUUGGCCAUCCAAUAUGCCAGACUGUCCGUCAAUCAUGCAUGCAACUCCAAUGAAGCUUGCACACAGCGUUGACACUUCGUAUAGAUCUGGAUGCAAGGUCAUCGCCACUGCCUCCCCUCAUAAUUGGCCUCUGCUCAAGGAGCUGGGUGUAGAAGAGGCAUUUGACUAUAAAGAUCCGGAUUGUGCGAAGAAGGUAAGAGAAACGCUAUCUGGAAAGCAGUGCAUUUCGCUGAUGGCUCGUGGAUCCGCGCAUUCACAAGCAACAGCCUUGUGCUAGGGCUAGAUUGCAUCGCGGAAGGCGAUUCCGCCAAGAUUUGUGAAGACUCGAUCUCCGAAUCCAAGGGUGGAACGAUUUGCUAUCUGUUCCAAGCAAAGCACAGUCGGACCGACAUUGUGGAUAAACGAGUCUUUGCGUACACAGUCUUCGGUGAAGCUUUCGACAAAUUCGGAAUUUCGUGGCCAGCGAAGGCGGAAGACUUUGCGCGUGGUAAGGAAUUUGCUGCACUCACCUCGCAGCUGCUGUCGGACGGACGGCUCAAACCACACCCCGUUCGACUUGGCAAAGACGGUCUCGAGGGGUUAUUGGACGGCUUGCAACAAUUGCGGGAAAGAAAAGUCAGCGGAGCAAAGUUGGUGUAUCGUGUGACGGAGACGCCAUGA